AUGUCGAGCCGGCGCCGGAUCGGAGGUCGCCGCGCGUCGUCGUCCUCACUCCCGGCCACCGCCGCCGACGAGCGAUCAGUGGUCGAGCUCGCGUCGAGGCUGCGAGCUCUCCUCCCUCCCGAGGCGGCGGCCGCCACCGGCAAUGGCAAGGUGCCGAGCGCUCAGCUGCUGCAGGAGACGUGCAGCUACAUCAGGAGGCUCCAUCGGGAGGUGGACGGCCUCGCCGAGAGGCUCUCCGACCUGCUGCCGGAGCCGUCCGAUCGCGGCGUCAUCGACGGCGCCGAUGCGGCUUUUCCGCGCCUUUCUGAUGUGAGGUCAAAUGGUGCCAUGCCAUCACCUGGUUCCUUCAAUUAG